UGGUGACAACAGUAUUGCCAGAUUGUCAUGCCUUCUUGUACAACACCUUGUUGGCUAAAGGUCAAGUGAUUACCGAGUUAAUAAGAUUGACUGCCAUCCCUCUGCCUGCUCAGAGAGCAGCUGGACAGUAGUUCACAGCUCUUCAGUUUGAGUAGAUGCCUAAGUGCCCUGCAGACUUUCAGAUCCAAACUUUUCGCAUCUUUUCUAAAAGAAAUCAAAGGCACAAUGGGACAAGAAGAGAGCCACAGUGAGGAGAUGGAUUUGGCACAAAUUCAGGAUUUGUGCCUCACUUUCAUGAAGGAGUGUCCGAGCGGUGCGUUGCAUUUACAUGAGUUUAAGAGGAUCUUCGGGGUGGCGAGCAGCUCUGCAGAGGAGUCCCUCUACAUCGAGACAGUAUUCCACUCCUUUGACACAAAUAAGGAUAACACACUUGAUUUCAUCGAGUAUGUAGCAGCACUUCACUUGAUCUUACGGGGGAAUCUUGAAGAUAGGCUCAAGUGGUCCUUCAAGAUGUACGACAAGGACGGGAACGGCAAGUUGGACAGGCAGGAGGUGAAACGGAUCAUCAGGCUCAUUUACAAAAUCAAGCUCCAGACGACUGAUGUCAGCAUGACGCCGUCUGAAAUCUGUGACAGGAUCUUUGAACUGGUUGACCAGAACAAUGACGGUCAGAUUACCUUGUCUGAGUUCAUGGAGGGAGCUCAGAAGGACGAAUGGGUCAUGAACUUGUUGAAGUUGGACGUUAACGCCAGCGGCUGGGUCCUCCAGAACUGUGGUAAAUUACCCUGAUCUCCCACAGUUUUUUUUUUUUGAGGCUGACACAAAGGUGCCGUCUUCGGUCUCCAUGUUGAGCUUCCUGUGACUCGGGAGCUGGAGCACAGCGCAUUUCUUCAAGGCUGCAGAUCUGCUGUGAUUUAGACUGCUGGUCCAAAGGCCGAGUGUUCGCUGUGUGUCUGUGGUUUGGCCUUGAGCUGAUGUCUCUAUAAGGAAACGAUGCUCAGAGAAAGUCUGCUGUUAAAUGCAGUACAGUCACUUAUUGUGUAUUUAUAUUCAUCAUUAUUGCAUGUGUUUAUAUUAUAUGUUUGAUAGUAGAGUUAUGAAUAUAUACAAAUGUAUUGGUGGUAAACUUGUCUCUUCAGAGGGGUGGUAAAAAUAACAUAUUGUACUAGGAAACAGACUUUUCAUAACUAAAACAGUAUUAACGGAACUGUGUUCAUGCUCUGACACAUUUUUGCUAACGUUCUAUCAAACAUAUCUUUUUUAUUACAAAUAUAAAUGAUCUUGUAGUGUUUUCAGUUAAUUUCAUGGUGUCACACUAAAGUGCAACUUCUUACCUCUUUAACGGAAUAUCAAUUAAACCAUUUACUUUAGCUUCGUCUUUACAAGAGCCGGAAAAAGGAAGCUAAUACCGGUGAAUUAGCCGUGUGCUACCCUUUGCCAUACUCAGAGACAUCUAUCUCUCAGCUGUAAAAAGUCACCGGGCGCAGCUGGUUUUUCGAGGGUAAUGGACCUUUUUCACAGCAGACAUUUUGACUUGUCAUAGUAGGAA